AUGUCAAAUCAUUUUCCUUAAGAAAGCUAUGAUAUUUUUGAUUUACAAACUGCUUUGGAAUACUUACCAGAUGAAACAAUGGUAAAAGGGGCUAUCACGCUAUUUUUAGAAUACUUUGAAGAUGGAAAAGGAUUUGAUGAGUUAAUAAUUUUAUAUGAAAAAGGAGGUUGGUAGCAAGUUGGAACACCAGCUUAUUUAAAAUUUGAAUAAUUGGCUCAUUCAAUUAAAGGAAGUUGUAGAUAUUUAGCUCUUCAUCGACUUGAAAAAAAGUUAGAAUUGUUGCAGUUUUUCAUUAGGGAUGGUAAAGAAAUAUAAGUAGCCUCUAUUUUGAAUGAGGUUUUAGAAUAAUGUCCUUAUGCUUAAAGAGCUAUUUUAAAGUAUAUGGAAAUGCCUGAUGAAAAAGUUAAGCAUUACAAAUUUGUUAAACCAUUUUAUGAUACAUAUGGUAAUAUCCAAAUAUAUCAUAAACUCAAUUACAAUUUUCAUAAAUAAAAAAAUAAUAUGUCGACCGUCAAUCAUAAACAACCUUAUCAAUAAUAAAUUAAAAGCACUGAUUAAGACUAGUGCUAAUUAUUUUGA